AUGAGAGCUCCUUGGACAAGGCCCAGUAAUGUCCCAGUACCUCCCCUGAGCCGUGUGACAGGAGGUAAGAUAUCGGUGAUCAACAUCGUUGCGGUGGUGCUGUUCUUCGGCAUCUGUCUGACGGCGCUGAACGUGUACGAGCUGCGCCGCAUGCAGAACGACCACAUGAGCCUACAUCGGGACUGGCCAGCCGCAGAGGGCAGAACUGACAAAGGAGUCAAGGACAGACCAAUAGCUGUCAUCCGAGGGAAAAGGCUUGAGUCUGGGUACCUGAACCAUGUGUUUGCUGUGUUCAAGAGGAUUGGGUAUGAGCGAGGGUUACCUGAGUCCAGCUGGGACGUCAUGUGGUCACACGACUACCCCUUUGCAGACCCCAAACUCACCCCUUAUCUUAGGAACAUGAAACCUCAUCAGAAGGUUAAUCAUUGGCCAGGGAGUGGUUUCAUCACCAACAAGAUGAGUCUGGCGACCUCUGACAUCCACUUCAUCCCCAAGGCCUUCAGUCUGCCCCGCAAGAAGGACGAACUCCUGAAACAUGCUGAAUCAAACCCUGAGAAGAUGUGGGUACAAAAGAACAACAACCACCGAGGCAUCAGGAUCAGACCUCUAGACCAACUGGACCUGACAGGAGAAAGUUUUGUGCAGGAGUAUGUGGACAAACCAUUACUUAUUGAUGGCAGGAAGUUUGAUAUUGGCAUCUAUACAGUUGUGACCUCCAUUGACCCCCUGAGGGUGUACAUGUACGAGGAAGAGGUUCUCUUCAGGUACUGUCCAAAAGACUACCACCCAUUUGAUCCAAAUGAUGUGGACAAGUAUGUUGUUGGAGAUGACUACACUCCAACCUGGAAGAUGCCAUCCCUGAAGGAGACCUAUAACAGGUUACAGUACAGUCACAAGGAGACAUGGAACUACUACGUCAGGUCUAUAGGUAAAGACCCUUCCACUGUGUGGAGAGAUGUGAAGGCUUCACUAAGGGAGGUUGUUCUGGCCAAGGAACCCCAACUUGUGGAUGCCCUGCACAGCAAGUACAAGUCUGUCAGGAACUUUUUUGAGAUGGUUCGUUUUGACUUUGUUAUAGAUGAGGAUUUGAACAUCUUCCUAAUGGAGGUGAACAUGUCCCCUAAUUUGUCGUCAGCUCACACCCCACCUAAUAAGGGCAUGUAUGAACAGAUAAUAUUCAAUCUGCUCAGUCUAGUUGGAGUUGCCAGAGCCAUUCCUACAAGCCUGGAGGGAAGCCCAGAAGACCAGAACGACAUGGUAGUGCUUGAUCGAGACAUCCAGGUUUACUCUGACGUCUGUAACUCUGAAACAUGUCGGUCCACAACAAGCUGUACAAACACGAUCUGCAAGUUGUGUGGACACUGUCUGACACCUGACUGGAGAGAUCACCUGAAGUCUGCAUUUAUGGAGCAUGUCAGUAGGAGGAACUUCAGGAGAGUCUGCCCUGUACAGAUAACUCAGGAGGAGGCUGCCCACACCACGGCUCUGAGUGAGUCCGACCUGAGUGAGGCCAACUGGCUCAUGGACUACUGGUACAGGGGCAAGUGCCUGCAGGACCCAGCAUGGUGUACCUGAGUAAUUUUCUCAGUGCUAUUUUACUGAGGGGCAUACAAAUCUGUAAGAAGUAUAACAAUCAUGACCACUUAUGAACCAUUAUUAUCUCAGAAAGGCAGUUUAAUGGGAAUUGUGUACCUCACCCCAUGCUUGUGAAUGGGAAAAUAUUGUCAUACUUU